GUUGCAAUUGCAAGCACUAGUUUCAUUGCUAUCUUCACGCUUCAAUAAUGCAAACUGCACGCUAAAAGCAAACGCAACUGCUGCUCCCUUCACACCACACCCACCCGGGCAAUGCCCUUUCAUUAUUGAGUUGUGUUUCCGAACGCGGCGGCGCUCGCUCAAAAAUGGCGGACCGUCCGUAACAUCGCUAUAAAGCUGUGUGAACUAUAACUCGAAUUAUUCGUGAAUUUUAUGUGAAAAUGUGAUACGUAUGAAUUAAAACAUAUUGUGUAGUGUUGUUACUGUGUUUAUCAACAUGUGGCGGACAGGGAUGUGUCGUUUCGGGGUUGGGAACUGGAUAUUCUUGUUCGCCUGCUUCCAUUUGUUUACAUAUGCUCAAGGUGGCGAGGAUCCUCUAGACUUCGGCGUCCGCUUUACCUCAGAGCCCAGCGAUGCGGUGAUAGCACCAGGCGAGGCAGCGCUGCUGGCUUGUUCUGCGACGUCACGCCGCGCCAUACGCCUGGCGUGGAGACACAGCGUGGUGUCACCACCGACCAGGGAUCAUGGUAUAACGGACACGGAUAAAUAUAGAAAACAGCUCCCCAAUGGCUCUCUAUCGAUCACGGAGAUGUCAGCAUCGCUGGCUGGGCAGUACCAGUGCGUGGCCACUGUGGACGGCGUCGGGACUAUACUGUCGAGAGUGGCGACGGUGUUUUUGGCCGAGGUCCCCGACGUCGCCGGCGGGCCCCGCUCGGUGCUGGGCGCGGCGGGGGGCGCGGCCCUGCUCGCGUGCGGUGUCCGCGCGCCCCCGCGCCUCGCGCUGCGCCUACACACGGCCGCGCCGCCCGACCGACGUGUGUACGGCGCGACGAGACUUCAUAAUGCGCCUCCUAUGCUUAAGUUGAAUGUGACCUGGCUGAAGAACGGUUCCCCGAUGCGUGUGGACAGCGCUCGCAUGUCGCUGACGCCGAGCGGCGCGCUCGAGAUCGAACCACUCCGACACCACGACAGCGCGCGCUACGCCUGCAGGGUCGCGCUCGCCAACGACCCGCAGAUCUUCAAAACCAGUGAAGAGACGGAGCUACGUGUAAGCGCGGAGACACCGAACGUGGAAUCUCCACCUCGGUUCAUAGCCACUCCACAACCCGUCACCGUCAUGGAAGGUGCAUCAGUGACUUUUGACUGCGCGGCCGUGGGCAAUCCGAAGCCGGAAAUAACUUGGCUUAAUAAUGGAGCUGCGAUAGACCUUAGUGACUUGGACUCACGGUUCUACCUGGUGGGAUCAGGCUCUCUACGCGUGCAGCAAGCUCGUGCGUUAGAUGCAGGCGCGUACACCUGCCGCGCUCACAGCCGACUGGACUCCGCCGACCAUACAACACAGCUGCAUGUCUUGACUUCCCCGCGCGUGCAGAUGGGCGCUAGCGGGGCGCUGGCGGCGCGCGCGCGCGGUGACGUCACGCUCCGCUGCGAGGUGCGCGGGCGGCCGCCGCCCAGCGUCACGUGGCUCAAGGACGGGGACCCGCUGUCGCCCAACAACCACGACAUCGCGCUGCUGGACGGCACAUCGCUGCGUAUCCAAGGCGUGUUGCGUGUCGACGCGGGCAUGUUCCAGUGCGCGGCCACGUCCGCCGCCGGCUCCGCGAUAGCCGCAGUCAGGCUCAUGGUGCUACCGCCAGAUGACGACAUCAGCAACAUAACUAUCGAGGUCCCAAACUCGACGCACGAUAUAUUCACGAGUCUGGUCUCGUCAGACCAAGACCACACUCUAGACCCGACGCCCGAAGACCCGGACUUCCUCGGCGAGACCUCAUCAGCGUACACCUCAGGCCCAGACUUAGAGUACGAUGACUAUGAUAGUGAUGUUGAUUUCCAUGCUGCUGAAGGUCUGGAUUUGGACCUGGAUCUGGAUUUGAAGUCUGGGAACGCGAGUCUGGUGUCGGCUCCUAGGGGCCUGAAGGCGGUGAUCGUGAAGCAUCGGUUCGUGACCUUGAGCUGGGAGGAGCCUCAGCAUAAAGCGGAGGAAGUUACGGGAUACGCUGUCAUAUAUAAAGUUAAAGGGAGUGAGAGAGAGCGCGUGGCCCGCGGCGGUCCGUCGCGUCACGAGAUGAACGUGGCCUCCCUGCAACCGAACACGACCUACCAGUUCACUGUCCUGGCGUACACUGAGCAUGGCACUUCACCGCCUACUGAUAUGGUAGAAGUCCGGACCUCAGAAGAGGAGGUCACUCACGGCCCUCCGCUGAACCUCCGCGGGGAGGCCGUGGGCCCUCACACGCUACGCCUCACGUGGUCCCCUCCCGUAGCACAGCCGCCGCCUACGAAGUACUCUAUACAUUACACUGAGGUGGACAGCGGCCGCGAACAAUUCCAAUGGGUGGAAACGGAACCCGCGACCUCGACGAUCACGAGCACGCUCACCGGUCUGCGUGCCGCCAGUACGUACGUGCUACGUGUAGCGGGUGCGGGGGGGGCGCCCGCAGAGCUACGAGUGAAGACGCCUGCUGAUGCGCCAGCCGCCCCACCUGCUAACGUCACUGUUGUUGCUACGAGUGCUACGUCGAUCCUAGUCCGCUGGGAAGCCCCUCCGUCCCGCACGCACCGCGGGGCCCUCACGGGGUACAAGGUCCGCUACCGCGCGGUGGGGGCCGCGGCGGGGGGCGCGGGGCCCGCCGGCAGCCCCCCGGGGUCAACCGCUGGACGCCGGAAGGCUGACUCUCUGACCACGCCGGCUGAUCAACGUCGCGCUGAGCUGAGAGGACUUGAUACCGCUACUACUUAUCAGAUCCGAGUGUGCGCUAUCAACGUGAACGGCUCGGGUCCGUUCUCGGAGUGGGUGACGGCGAGCACGCAGCGGCAGGAGCUGGACGAGAGCAGGGUGCCGCCGCAGCCGCCGCCGCUUACCACCCGCGCCGGGCGCGACUGGAUCUCGGUGUGGUGGGGGGAGGAGGAGGGGGGCGUGCUGGUGCGGGGCUACGUGCUGGGCUGGGGGCUCGGCGUGCCCGACGACGCCGCGCGGGAGCUGCCCGCGCAUCUACACUCACACGUCAUCAGGGGGCUGGAAUCGAACGCGGAAUACGUGAUAUCCCUCCGAGCGAGCAACUCCCGUGGUUUGGGUCCCGCUGUCUAUGCGACAGUGCGGACCAAACCCCCGGCGGCUGAUGAAGACGAAUUAGACGAUGGGGAUGAAGAGGGGGACGAUGAAGACGAGAGGGAUGAACCCCCACCGCUUAUACCCCCUGUAGGGGUUAAGGUAAUCAUGCUGAGUGGUACCACCGCAGUCGUGUACUGGACAGACCCCACACUACCUAAGGGACAGACGGCGACCGAUGGUCGUCGCUACGUAGUUCGGUGGUCGAGUGCGGGCGGUCGAGUGCGCAGCUUCAACGCGACUGACCUCAACUGUAUGCUAGACGAACUACGGCCUUAUACGCAAUAUGAGUUCGCUGUGAAGCUCAUCAAAGGAGGUCGCGAGUCAGCCUGGUCGAUGCUGGUGUCCAACACGACGCUGGAAGCGGCCCCGGGGUCGGGCCCGCGCGAGCUCCGCGCCGCGCCGCCCCCGCCGCCCGCCUCCGCCGCGCGCGCCCUCGACCUCGCCUGGCAGCCGCCCGCCAAGCCCAACGGACUCAUCACAGGCUACGUAAUAAUGUACGCGGUGUCUCGCGGCGGGGAGGAGGAGUGGACGGCGAUAGCAGCGCUCGGGGAGAGAACCCGCGCUCGGGUGGAGCGACUCCGACCUCGCACCACUUACCUCAUCAAACUGCAGGCGCGGAACUCCAAGGGACUGGGGCCCUUCUGUCCACCCAUCACAUAUACCACUGCUAUGGGUAAGGGAAACUUGUAUGAUGAUUUAAUAUGUAUUUUUUGAUUUAUGACACGUUUUGUAGUUAUUUUUCUUAAGGCAGUGUAAUUUUUACGUCAAAUGAAUUACAUAUCACCAUAUAUUUAUAUAUACAGAGUCAGGUGAA